CGCGGCUGUAGUAGUCACACUACAGCCGGACGCGGUCAAAAGGGGCGUGUCGUACCGCGACGUGCUCGCCCAAGCAAAGGAGGCGGUGAACCUGCAGGAGCUGGGUAUCGCCUCCGGCCUCCGGCUCAGGGUGACCGCAACGGGCGCCCGUAUGCUGGAGGUCCCAGGAGCGGCCAGUGGGCCCGCCGCAGACGCUCUAGCCGAGAGGCUUAGGGCGUCCAUAAGUGCGGACGAUGCCCGAGUCUCCAGGCCCCACAAGUGUGCGGAUCUGCGCAUCAUGGGCCUGGACGACUCAGUUACUGCGGAGGAGGUGGUGGCCGCCGUCGCUAGGACGGGUGGGUGCUCUGCCGACGAAGUGAAGGCGGGCACCAUACGUCCCGACUUCAGGGGCACGUGCACCAUCACGGUGAGCUGCCCCGUGACGGCGGCCAAGCGCAUCGUAGACGGCCGAAGAUUGCUGGUUGGCUGGGUGUCGGCGCAGGUCAAGCUGCUUGACCCCCGACCGCUGAGGUGCUUCCGAUGCCACGUCGGGCAUCAUGUGGGUGUUCGUUGCACCUCGGAGGUCGACCGCAGCGCCCUCUGCUUCCGCUGCGGUCAGCCCGGACACAAGGCCGUGGCUUGUAGCGCCGCGCCGCACUGCACUGCGUGCGCGGCGGCUGGCAAGCCGGCCGAACACCGGGCGGGGAGCAAGUCCUGUGCCCCACCCGCCAAGACCAAGAGUAAGGGCAAGGGCCGGCCGUCCGUCGCCGCCACCACCGCCACCUCCGCAGUGGCCACAACCGCAGCUCCUGCGGCCGCCGCCGCCUCCAACGCUGCCGCCGCUGUCAACGCCGUCGCCACUGCUGCUGUCGCGGCGCCCGUGUCUGCGUCUCAAGAGGAGGAAGACGUGAUGGAGUGCUAGUCUGGCU